AUGAUUUCUCUGAGUUUGGCCUCACUCAUCGUGCCCUUAAUCCUUGGAUUUCAGUGGAAAUUCCUCAAGGGACCAAAUAACGAUAAUAACGACAACAAGGAGGUGGAACUGGGGUUACGAAUGCCGCCUGUCAGUACUAUCCACAAUAUCAUAUGCAAUUGCGACUCUCAUAGAAACUACAGCACCGCUAUGUUUGACAAAAGUGUACGAACUGGGACUUGGGGCCAUCCCAAAGUUUUAAAUCAUGUGGAGGCGGGUCCGAAAUUCGAUAGUGACUCUCCCGGAACGGAUUUCUCUGAACAAUCAGUUUUCGAAUAUGCCGGAGUUUCACGAUCAAGAUAUGUACAGAUAUUAGUUAGCAAAUUAGUUGAAUAUGGUCGGUCAGUAUGGUCAUGGACUGAAGGAUAUCUACAUCUACUUGAAUUAAGUUAG